GGGGACCUUUUUGGGCCAGCUGUUUUCAUGCGACCCACUUGCGUCACAGACGCUGGGGGAGCGGUCGACGUUGUUCCUCUCGGUACCGUCGUCUCGUGCGCAAAGAUUCAUGGAGGUUUGCUCAAGGUGCACACUAACGGCGUGUAUGACGAGUGUAGACUGCCUAUCAGAGGUGUUAAAGGUGUGCUGGUGACCAUCAAGAGUUUCGCGGGGUACGGCUCGAACAUGCCGUUGUGCUCUCACUUCAAAGGCCUUUACGAUGGCGGCAGCAAGCGUCGUCCAUCGCCAGAGCAAUAUCUCGAUCUCGCGGUGAUGGUGCCGAAAGAACGUCCGGUUCUUCCGCCAGAGCAUGUCUUCCGGCUUCUGCCACCCCGUGAGGGGUCGUCCGGCUUGGCUCAAGAAACUCCAGGUACGGCAGUGGGGCGCGCGAGUCCGAUUCAAGACGCUGGGGGUCGGGUCAAGGGACGCAGCAUUCACACGCAGGUCGGCCCGGAUGCUCCUAGGAACACGUCGGACUUGCAUUCUCAGGGUACAGGGACUCAACGGGUCGGUACUCCGAAACUUAUCAAGGUCCGCUGUGGCGCCGACACGUAUUCGCUUCGAGAUGAGACGAGAAGAGAUUCAAGCAGAUCGGGGCUAGAUGUUGGAGGGAAUGAGGCUGAAGGGAUGGGCGCUGUCCGCGAAAGCUCUGGCGGGGAGCAGACUCCUUCGGAGAAGAAGAGCAAGCGACAGAGGAUGGUGCGAGAGGAGGUGGCGGAAGGAACCCUCCGCAUGAAGAGGAUGAGAGGAAAACCGGAGGCGUUGAUGGCCGGGGAUGGAGGUGGCGACGGAGAACGUGCCUCGGGAAAGAAGCCGACGAAGGAAGAGGGUGGGACGGCAAGUAAGAAAGCGAGGAGGCCAGGCGGUUUGACCAUCCGCGAAGGACAAGCCGCGGGUGGAGGAGAUUCGGCUGAUCCAGGCGCUGCGGCCGCGAGAGAACCUUUGGGGAAAUCGAAACGGAAAGUGGCAGCUGAAGAAGGCGAUGGCCAGAAGAAACCUCGAAGGCGGAAGACUGCUGAGGCGGCGAGCGGUGGCGAAGGGCCUGUCGGUCAGGAGUGCGACGAAGCGGCAGCGUUCUGGCUCGAAUACGAGCGGAACGAUGUUGGUGAAAUCGUGGAGAAGGAGCUCCCCGUCCAACUGCUCAUCGACCCCAGGAAGGUCUGCGACAUCCCGCCUUGGGAAAGAUAUUACAACCACCGCAGUCUAAGUCGCGAGACUGUGGAAGACAUCAAGGAUGCGAUGCUGAGUCACUUCCGCGAGAAGAAGAUCUGGACGAAAAACCCUCUCGUUUUGGCACCCAUCUACAAGCCGGUGUCGCGUAGGCCGAAGCAAGCUGACAGGGUCAGUCUCAACGAAAACACGAGACACAAGAUGUCUAAGCAGCGGUCGCAGAAGGCUGCGUUCUUGGACAUGCGGGAUGCAUGGGAGAACGAAGGAAGGCCGAUGGCCAUUCAAGGGAACCCUUCCGGCAAAGAGGCCGAAAAACAAAAGUUCUUUGAUUUCCAAAAGCUGAUUUUGGGAAAGAGUCUGAUUGGAGCUCACUGGACGUUGGCACAAAAAGAUUCGUCGCUCGCCGACAAGGAUGUCGCUGCAGUUGGCAAUGCAUUGAGGCAGUGGAUGCCGCUCGUGACGGCCGGUGACGACGUUUUCCGCAAAGCCAUGGAAUUCUACGCGAAAUGGGCGAAGGGGAAGUUGUUGGGCGGCGACGGCAAGACGCCAUUGAGCGAAGGUGCGACCUCCGGUUCCCUCGGCUCGGGCGACCGCCACAAACUCCGAAUACAUUCGGAUUUGCUGCCGUCGCCCUACGCCAUAAGUGCUCCUCACGCAACAGUUCCGCGGGGCCAAGAAAAUGCGACGUCUUGGCCCCCUCAUCUUCAGCUGGACACAGGGUUACCCUGCUCGCCUCCUUUCUCAUGUGUUGAGACUCGAGACUGGCGCUCUCGCGACGUGCUGGAGGGGCCCGCUCCAGGAGUGUUGGAGCCCGGGGGUAGCGAGAAUGAACGUCACACUCCUGGGGAAGACGAGCGCUCUCCGGGAAUGCGUGUUGUACAUCGGGAAGAGGAGACCCAACGCUGGCAGUCUCGCAAAGUGUUGGAGACCGGGGGUAGCAAGUGUGAACGUCAUGCUUCGGAGGGUGCGUCCGUGGGCACUGACAGCGAGAGUGCAGGAGCUCCGGGGGAAGCGCAUGCUGUACAGCGGGGAGAGGAGACCCGACACGGGCCGGCUCGUGAAGACGUGAAGUGGCUCCACGCACGAGCGCUGGUGAUCGGGACGUCCGAAGUGGUUCUGCACAGUCGCUCGGUUGUGGCCAUGACGCGAGAGGGUGUCGUUAAGGGAGGUAAGUGGACGUCCGUGCAAGCUCUCGUUCUUGGCGACGAAGAACUCGUGGUGGGAGCUCGGGUUCAUGGCGAUGAGAAAGGCGGUGAGGUGACUGUCGACAUCCGGACGGAUCCACAUCGGAAAGAUGGUGAUUCUUCGCCCACCCGUUGCGGUGAAGAACAGGGUGGCCGAGCGUCUGUCCUGAGCACCGCUCGGGGAAUGGUGCUUCAUGAAGCCAUAGAGUUGGGUGACGACUCGACAGCCACCGAGCUGGUUAGCGACUCAGGCGUGGCCGAGAUGCAGAACGUCGAAUCCUCCGUGGAAGGCGGUGAGGUGGCCGUCAGCAUCAAGAUGGAUCCAGAGCGAAAAGAUCAUGAUUCUCCGUCCACCCGUUGCGGUGCCGAACAGGGUGAUCGAGCAUCUGUCCUCAGUAGCUGGUUAGCGACACAGCCGUGGCCGAGGUCCACAACCUCGAAUCGUCCGUGGACGUUGGUGCAGUGAAGCGACAGGAGGGCGAGUUCCCUCAAAGGGCUCCCGAGCACGGUGUGAGGUCAUUAAUGUCCCUGUCCAUGAAGCCUUUAAAAGCCGUGCGCGAGAAACGU